UUAGAAGUGUCAAGGAAUUGUGGAAAAUUAUCUAUGACCCGUUUAUACCAGAUGGUAAUGAAUUUGAUAAAAGUCUUCAUCAUGAUCUCGAUUUUAUUAAUUAUGCGUACCGGAGUAUGUUGUUUUUAUGGGAUCGGGAAGAGAAUCCUUUUGAUUCUUCGAGGUUAGAAGGAUGGUAUGAGAUGAACAUUUGGAGCAAAUUGAUCGAUCCGACAUUUCACAAUAUUAACAUUGAUUUAGUGCGUGGGGAAGGCAUGAGCUGUGCUUCAAGUGAUAGAAAGAAUUUUAUAAGAACGAUUAAUGAUCGAAAAAAAAUUGGCCGAAAAGAGGAUGGAUUUUUAGAGGCAGGUCGUAAAUGGGAAGGACAGAACGGAACUAAAUACUUGAAUGAUUCCUUAAAACUAAAUAAAAUGAUGAAGGACAUGAUUGCACAGCUCACUACUAUAUGUGAUGAAAGAGAAGACCUUGUUAGGAAAUUGGAAGUUAUCGGGAUUCUUCAUGGAGCUAAUAGAAUUCAAAUAAUCACGAUGGAUUAUCCAAAAGGAUAUAUUUCUCGCGUCAAACAUUGGAAGUUCUAUGAAGUUUCCGGACGUCUAACUAAAUCCAAUCCACUUGCUUUAGUCUUGAAGGAAAUAUUAUGCGCGAAAGCUAUUAUUCUACGGACAUUAGACCUGAUAAACCAAAAAGAUGACAUUAAUCUUGAAAAUUUCCUUAAUGACUCUGAUGAACAGGAUGGGUACCAUACGCCUCCUCCCAAAGUUAAUACAACUCCUACUUUCGAGACUCCGAAGACAGAGAAAACCAAAG